AUGCCUAGCGCCACCGGAGAGAACUGGGAGAAGUACAAGAAGACCUUCGCCGACGACGAGGAGCCCGAGAAGAAGAUCACACCACUCACAGACGAUGACAUCGCAGUACUCAAGACCUACGGGGCGGCUCCCUACGCGACAGCCUUGAAGAAGCUCGAGAAGGAUAUCAAAGACAAGCAAGCAAGUGUCAACGAGAAGAUUGGUGUCAAGGAAUCCGACACCGGUCUCGCACCUCCACACCUUUGGGAUGUUGCUGCUGACCGGCAACGCAUGGCUGAAGAGCAGCCAUUGCAAGUCGCUCGAUGCACGAAGAUCAUCCAGGAUGAAAAGGACUCGGACAAGAGCAAAUAUGUCAUCAACGUCAAGCAGAUCGCCAAGUUCGUCGUCAACCUAGGGGAGCGCGUAAGUCCAACGGAUAUUGAGGAAGGCAUGCGCGUUGGUGUGGAUCGGAAUAAGUACCAGAUCAUGCUCCCACUCCCUCCGAAGAUCGACCCCAGCGUGACGAUGAUGACGGUCGAGGACAAGCCCGACGUGACAUACGGUGACGUGGGUGGAUGCAAAGAACAGAUUGAGAAGCUACGAGAGGUGGUGGAGAUGCCGUUACUGUCGCCAGAACGAUUCGUGAAUCUGGGUAUCGACCCGCCCAAGGGCGCUCUACUCUACGGACCCCCCGGUACAGGAAAGACCCUGUGUGCCCGGGCGGUGGCCAACCGAACGGAUGCGACCUUCAUCCGUGUGAUUGGAAGUGAACUGGUCCAGAAGUACGUGGGUGAGGGUGCGCGGAUGGUCCGUGAGCUGUUCGAGAUGGCCCGUACCAAGAAGGCAUGCAUCAUCUUCUUUGACGAGAUCGAUGCUGUCGGUGGCGCUCGUUUUGAUGACGGUGCAGGCGGUGACAACGAAGUGCAGCGCACCAUGCUGGAACUGAUCACGCAGCUGGACGGAUUCGACUCCCGCGGUAACAUUAAGGUCAUGUUCGCGACCAACCGGCCGUCCACCCUGGACCCGGCCCUGAUGCGGCCUGGUCGAAUUGACCGCAAGAUCGAGUUCUCACUGCCGGACGUGGAGGGCCGGGCGAACAUUCUGCGCAUCCACGCCAAGAGCAUGUCGGUCGAGCGGGACAUUCGCUGGGAGCUCAUCUCCCGGCUGUGCCCCAACGCGACGGGUGCCGAGCUGCGCAGUGUCGCGACAGAGGCGGGCAUGUUCGCGAUCCGGGCGCGGCGCAAGGUGGCCACGGAGAAGGACUUUUUGGCAUCGGUCGAGAAGGUGAUCAAGGGCAACCUGAAGUUCAACUCGACUGCGACGUACAUGCAGUACAACUAG